AGAGCGGAGUGGAGGCCGCCGCCGCGCUUCUUGGGGCCGCCGCGCCGCGGUCGGCGGGCAGGUGGCGGGUGCACCCGCCCGAGUCGCCGGGUUCCGGCCCUUCCAGGGCUGCGCGCGUCCCGGCUCCGGAGGCCGCCUGGCCGGGAGCCCGGUGCCUUUUGUCUGGCGCAGAGCGGGCGUUUGCAUCACGUUUCGGAUACAUCCCUCCGCUUUCCUCCUCUCCAGCUCCUUCCCGCUCACAUCUCCUCCCCACCCCCCGCUGCUGUGCCCCGCCGGACUGCUGGCCUCCGGGACCCCCGCCCGAGGACAUCUCUCUGUCCUGCGAUGGCUCCUCUCCGGAAAGUUGCUACCGCCGGCCGGUGAAACAAAGUCUGACGGGGCCGCCUCCCGGGGCAGGAGCGCACCCGUGCCCAGCCGCUGCUGCCGGGAGUGUCGUUCCUCCUCGGGGGCCCUAAACGAGACCGGCCAUGGCCGAGGGCGCGGCCAGCAGGGAGGGUCUGGUGCCGCUGGACGUCGCCGGGAGCGAAGACGACCCCCGAGCGGGCCCGGACCCUGGCUCCGUGGACGCCGCGGCAGCCGCCGCUGGGGGCCGCCUGAGGGACCGUCGCAGCGGGGUCGCCCUGCCGGGCGCCGCGGGAGCCCCAGCAGACAGCGAGGCAGGACUUCUGGAGGCGGCACGGGCGACCCCCCGGCGCAGCAGCAUCAUCAAGGAUCCUUCGAACCAAAAAUGUGGUGGAAGAAAGAAAACUGUGUCCUUCAGCAGCAUGCCAUCAGAAAAGAAGAUUAGCAGUGCAAACGACUGCAUCAGCUUCAUGCAAGCUGGCUGUGAACUGAAGAAAGUCAGGCCAAAUUCUCGCAUCUACAACCGUUUUUUCACUCUGGACACAGACCUCCAAGCCCUUCGCUGGGAGCCUUCUAAGAAAGACUUGGAGAAAGCUAAGCUUGAUAUUUCUGCCAUAAAAGAGAUCAGACUGGGGAAGAACACGGAAACAUUCAGAAACAAUGGCCUUGCUGACCAGAUUUGUGAGGACUGUGCCUUUUCCAUACUCCAUGGGGAAAACUAUGAGUCUCUGGACUUAGUUGCCAAUUCAGCAGAUGUAGCAAAUAUCUGGGUGUCUGGGUUACGGUACCUGGUUUCUAGAAGUAAGCAACCCCUUGACUUUAUAGAGGGUAACCAGAACACACCAAGGUUUAUGUGGUUGAAAACAGUGUUUGAAGCAGCAGAUGUUGAUGGGAAUGGGAUUAUGUUGGAAGACACCUCUGUAGAGUUAAUAAAACAACUCAACCCUACCCUGAAGGAAUCCAAGAUCAGGUUAAAGUUUAAAGAGAUCCAGAAGAGCAAAGAAAAACUAACUACUCGUGUGACAGAAGAGGAAUUUUGUGAAGCUUUUUGUGAACUUUGCACCAGGCCAGAAGUGUAUUUCUUACUUGUACAGAUAUCUAAGAACAAAGAAUAUUUGGAUGCCAAUGACCUUAUGCUCUUUCUAGAAGCUGAGCAAGGAGUCAGUCAUAUCACUGAGGAUAUGUGCUUAGACAUCAUCAGGCGAUAUGAGCUUUCUGAAGAGGGACGUCAAAAAGGGUUUCUUGCAAUAGAUGGAUUUACCCAGUAUUUAUUGUCACCAGAAUGUGAUAUUUUUGAUCCUGAGCAAAAGAAAGUUUCUCAAGAUAUGACCCAGCCAUUAUCUCACUACUAUAUCAAUGCCUCUCAUAAUACCUAUCUAAUAGAGGACCAGUUCAGGGGACCAGCUGAUAUCAAUGGAUAUGUCAGAGCUUUGAAAAUGGGCUGUCGAAGCAUUGAACUUGAUGUAAGUGAUGGUUCCGAAAAUGAACCAAUUCUUUGUAAUCGAAAUAACAUGGCAGCACAUCUUUCCUUUCGAAGUGUCAUAGAGGUGAUAAAUAAGUUUGCUUUUGUUGCUUCUGAAUACCCACUUAUUCUUUGCUUGGGAAAUCACUGUUCCCUAUCACAGCAGAAGGUGAUGGCUCAACAGAUGAAAAAAGUCUUUGGUGAUAAACUGUAUGGUGAAGCACCUUUGCCCUCAGAAUCCUACCUCCCCUCACCAGAAAAAUUAAAACGAAUGAUCAUUGUGAAAGGAAAGAAAUUGCCUUCUGAUUCAGAUAUGUUAGAAGGAGAAGUAACGGAUGAGGAUGAAGAAGCUGAAAUGUCUCGAAGGAUGUCAGUAGAUUACAAUGGUGAGCAGAAACAAAUCUGGCUCUGCAGGGAGCUCUCUGAUUUGGUAUCUAUUUGUAAAUCUGUUCAGUACAGGGAUUUUGAACUGUCUAUGAAAAGCCAAAACUAUUGGGAAAUCUGUUCAUUUAGUGAAACAGAGGCUAGCCGAAUUGCAAAUGAAUACCCAGAGGAUUUUGUAAAUUAUAAUAAGAAAUUCUUAUCAAGAGUCUAUCCAAGCGCCAUGAGGAUUGAUUCCAGUAACUUGAAUCCACAGGACUUUUGGAAUUGUGGCUGUCAGAUUGUGGCCAUGAAUUUUCAGACUCCGGGUCCGAUGAUGGACCUUCACACUGGCUGGUUUCUUCAGAACGGAGGAUGUGGUUAUGUUCUGAGGCCGUCUAUCAUGCGGGAUGAAGUUUCUUACUUCAGUGCAAACACAAAGGGCAUUGUACCUGGGGUGUCUCCUCUGGCUCUCCACAUCAAGAUCAUCAGUGGUCAGAAUUUCCCAAAACCUAAGGGAGCUUGUGCCAAAGGGGAUGUGAUAGAUCCGUAUGUUUGUGUAGAGAUACAUGGGAUUCCAGCAGACUGCUCAGAACAAAGAACUAAAACUGUACAACAGAACAGUGAUAAUCCUAUUUUUGAUGAAACUUUUGAGUUUCAAGUAAACCUACCUGAGCUGGCCAUGAUCCGUUUUGUUGUUUUGGAUGAUGACUACAUUGGGGAUGAGUUCAUAGGGCAAUAUACAAUACCGUUUGAAUGUCUGCAGCCUGGAUAUCGGCAUGUUCCCCUGCGCUCUUUUGUGGGUGACGUCAUGGAGCAUGUAACCCUCUUUGUCCACAUAGCAAUAACUAAUCGAAGUGGAGGAGGAAAGGCACAGAAGCGCAGCCUUUCAGUGAGAAUGGGGAAGAAAGUUCGGGAAUAUACCAUGCUCAGGAAUAUUGGUCUUAAAACUGUAGAUGACAUCUUUAAAAUAGCAGUUCAUCCCUUACGAGAAGCCAUAGACAUGAGAGAAAAUAUGCAGAACGCGAUAGUGUCCAUUAAGGAGCUGUGUGGACUCCCUCCAAUUGCCAGUCUGAAGCAGUGCCUGUUGACGCUGUCCUCUCGGCUCAUCACCAGCGAUAACACUCCCUCGGUUUGUCUUGUGAUGAAAGAGAGCUUUCCUUACCUGGAGCCACUGGGUGCAAUUCCAGAAGUACAGAAAAAGAUGCUUGCUGCUUAUGAUCUGAUGAUUCAAGAAAGCCGGUUUCUCAUAGAAAUGGCAGACACAGUCCAAGAAAAGAUCGUACAAUGUCAGAAAGCAGGAAUGGAGUUCCACGAAGAACUUCAUAAUUUGGGGGCAAAAGAAGGCUUGAAAGGAAGAAAACUCAACAAAGCAACUGAGAGCUUUGCUUGGAACAUUACAGUACUGAAGGGCCAAGGAGAUCUAUUGAAGAAUGCCAAGAAUGAAGCUAUAGAAAACAUGAAGCAGAUUCAGCUGGCGUGCCAGUCCUGUGGACUGAGUAAAGGCCCCAGCACUGGGGCUGAGACCAAAAGCAAGCGUAGCCUGGAAGCGAUUGAGGAGAAGGAAAGUGGCGACGAGAAUGGAAAGCUGUGACCCUGGGCAGUGUUGGCACAUUUACCCAUCCUCUUGUUGAGGACUCUGGUUUCUCAGUCUUGUUUUCUUUCUUUAAAUUUUUUAGAAACUCACAUAAAGAUGCUCUGUAUGGAGUAUUGGACAUAAACAGAUAUUUUCACAAUGUCAGUAUUUUAAUGCAGUUAAUUUAUCUAAGUUAAAACCUUUAUUAGCAGUAUUUUCAAUUCUUAGAUGUAUGUAAGUGUGUAUACACUUGUGUGAAUUGUGGAAGUGUGUGUGUGUGUGUGUGUGUGUGAGAGAGAGUGAGAGAGAGAGAGAGAGAUCCUGUUAAAAUCUAUUCUGUGUUGCAUUAUUCAUUUAGUAAGUUAUUCCUUUAUAUUAUCUUUUUGGAAAAACUUUGUUAAUCUGAAAUUCUAAAGAGCACUUAAUGUAAUCUGUUGCUGUGUUUAAUUUUACUUCUCUGCCUUUGUCCUUUAAUUUAGAGAUCUUAGCAUAGCAUAUUAUUGAAGGAAGUCAAAUUUAUCAAAGCAUAGAUGUUUUGAUAGAUUAGAUAUAGAUUAGAAAAAUUUCUAAGAAUCACAGUAGAAAUAAAAGUAACUAAAAGAUGAAACAAAUGAUCAGAAUUUCUGGAAACAUUGGUGAAGUCAUUUCUUCAGUGACCUCUUUUAAAUAUUUAUUCUAAAAAAUCAAUUUUUAGGAAGUUUUCUGGAGCCAUUUACCAAAUAUGAUUUUAGUGGAAAAGCUGAUCACAAAUAAAUGUGUGCCCACUCUAUGUAGUACUCUGACACAAACUGAAAACUCUGUAUCAGUAGGAUUUUGAUAUAACAACGAUAUUCAAAUUAUGUGAUUUCAAGAUUUGUAGGAGGGCCUUAUUUUCCCAAACUGGGAUCCUAGCAUUCAUUUUCUACAAAAGACAGGUGAAGCUAAAAGGUUUUGGAUUGGAUUGGAUUGGAUAUAAUUUAGUGGACUAAAUUGAAAUUUAAAUAAGACAUAUUGAAACAACACCAUAACAUCAUGUUGAGCUGGUAUAUAUAAAUUUUGUGGGUCAGAUAACAUCUUAAUGAUGAUUUGUAACCUAAUUGUGUGAUAUAAUUUUAACACAUACAGGAAAAUGCUCAUCAAGUGAAGUAGAUUACUAACUAGGGUAUGUUUAUAAUUACAUCUAGAUAAUUUUUUACCCUAAUGUCUUCAUAAAGUACUUGAGUGUAAUGUUUGUUACCUCCAACAGAACUAAAUGUUCUAUGGUUAUAAAGAAUAUAUUUAUUUAAAACAUUGCUUUUAUUUUGAAAAGCUUCAUAAUUAAUUUUAUUAACAAAUAUACUAAUUUGGGAGAAUGUAGAGAAGAUAAAUGUAGAAAUUUUGCAAAUAUAAACAUCUUCUAUAGCUACUGUGUUAAGUUAUUUCUGACUUCUUAACACUAUCAUGUUCAUGUUGCACAUUACUGAAAGAGUAAAAAUAUGAAAAAACA